GGGGUCGAUUCAGAGAAAGGAGAGUUGGGUUAUUUAAGGAUUUGAAUUGAGUAAAUUAAAUUAAAUAAAAAUAAAAUGGCGUCAUACCAACUAAUCAAAGAAGGAGGAGGGGGGUUGGAUAUGAAGGGAAACAACAACUGUACAGUGAGGAUUGACGAUGAUGUGGAGUCUGCUUUCCAAAGGAUUAAUCAAUCUUCAUCUUCAUCUCCUUCACAUAGAUUGAGGCCUAAAGCUUCUUCUACUCAGCCAUCUUCUCGCCUCGUCUCCCUUGAUGUUUUUCGUGGCCUUACUGUUGUGUUAAUGAUAAUUGUUGAUGAUGCUGGUGGGAUAAUACCAAGUAUAAAUCACUCACCAUGGAAUGGUUUGACGCUGGCUGAUUUUGUCAUGCCUUUUUUCCUUUUCAUGGUCGGUGUUUCACUUGGACUUGUUUACAAGAAUAUGCCCUGUAGAGCCACUGCAUCCAGAAAAGCCAUAUUCCGGACAGUAAAGUUUCUAAUACUAGGGGUUUUUCUCCAAGGUGGCUAUUUUCAUGGUAUUAAUAAUUUAACGUAUGGUGUGGACAUGGGACAAAUUAGGUGGAUGGGCAUAUUGCAGAGGAUUGCAAUAGCAUAUUUGGUGGGAGCAAUGUGUGAGAUUUGGCUCCGGAACGACGAAAAAGUUGGUUCUGGUUUAUCAUUGCUCAAGAAGUAUCAAUGGCACUGGGUGAUGGUGUUCAUGCUUACUACAGUAUAUCUUGUGUUGUUAUACGGUUUAUAUGUUCCAGAUUGGUCGUAUCAAGUUCCACUCAGUGCAUCAUCUGAGGUUCGAGAACUGGUGAAGGUGAAAUGUGGUGUGCGAGGUAACACAGGGCCUGCAUGUAAUGCUGCUGGAAUGAUUGAUCGUGUGAUUCUGGGCAUUCAACACUUAUAUAGGAAGCCAAUAUACGCUCGAACACAACAAUGCAGUAUAAACUCACCAGAUUACGGCCCACUUCCUCCGAAUGCUCCAUCUUGGUGUCAAGCCCCCUUUGACCCGGAAGGACUUUUAAGUACAGUGAUGGCACUUGCCACCUGCUUGAUAGGUGUACAAUAUGGCCAUGUUAUUGUUCACUUUAAGGAUCAUAAGUAUAGACUCUUGCAAUGGCUAGUACCAUCAUCGGGCUUUAUAAUCCUGGGCGUGCUAUGCAAUAUUUUUGGGAUGCAUAUAAACAAGGCUUUAUACUCUUUCAGCUAUAUGUGUGUUACUACUGGUGUUGCAGGGAUUCUGCUUGCUUCAAUUUAUCUAGUGGUGGAUGUGUAUGGAUACAGACGGUUUACAAUGGUUUUAGAAUGGAUGGGAAUGAACGCACUGGUGAUAUAUGUUCUUGUAGCCUGCAAUAUCUUACCUCUCAUUCUACAAGGAUUUUAUUGGAACCAUCCUGGUAACAACAUUCUAAGUUUGAUUGGAGUUGGAAAACAGAAACACUAAUGAGGCUGUUGGGGGUGAUAUACUAAUAAUAAUAUUCCAUUUAUUGGUUGAGGGCUGCAAUACUUUUUGACACAAUUCUUGAAUAAAUCUGUUUUUGGCAUGAAUUAGACUUUUAGUAUGACUGAUUGAGAAACAGUUACACAUCAUUUAAUCAAGAAAAAAAUGCUGUUAAAAUCUCUUCCACUUUUACCUCGAAGAAGACAUUUCAAGCUUACAGAGUUGGAAACUGGAAAAAUAAAUAUUGAUUUUAGAUUUUUUUAUUUGGUUUACUUAGAAUUAUUCUUAGCAUGAAUGAAUGUUUUAAAUUCUCCUAACAGUGAGAAUAAAUUUACAUGGGUCGGAAACUCCUGAAAUACUUGACCGAUGGUAACUAUAUUUUUCUUUUCUUAA